AAAAUGAUAUUGGCAAAUUUUAAACUUACACUAUUAAACUCAUACUAUUAAACUUAUACAAUUAUAUAAUGUGUAUCUAUUGUUUUCUACUUUCUUUCUUUUUAAUUUGCAGAUAAAAAACGAAGUAAUUCUAAAAAUGUACCUGUACCAUUGGCGUUAAGAAAAGAGGUUUUGAACAGAUUUUUAAGAUUAAGAAGUGCGAUAACAAAAGCCACCACUCACAGAAUCGCAGAAGACACCACGAUGGACCAAAAAAUUAAAUUGCUAAGGGGUGACAUCUCUAAUGCCCCAAGUCAUGUAUUUGGGGAACACGCCAGAUGUAAAGAAAUUAAUUAUUUCAAGUGUGAUAAUCCAAAUUACACAAAUUUAGUGCCAAGUAUGCAGACUUGUGGAAUUUAUGAAGACAUCUUAGUAGCUUUGCAAAGAAUUAUAGAUAAUGCAAGCAGCCUAAUCCUCAAUAUGGACAAUAACCUCGCUGAGCAUUAUAACAGUAUUGUUAGCAAAUUUGUUGGUGGCAAGCGUAUAAAUUUUUGCAAACGAGGUUCAUAUGAAGCUCGCUGUGAGGCAGCUGCAUUGUCAUUUAAUUCUGGUGGUAGCUAUUAUGAAAUCCUUCAUAAAACCGCAAUAGGCACAAGCCCUCGUUCCUUUACUAAGCGGUAUAUUCAGAGAUGUAAAAAGAUAAGGCUGUUUUAUCAAACUAAAAGACUGCAAAAAACAUUAAUUUCAAAAAAAAAAAAUAAGAAAAGAAAACAAACUCUUCCUGAUAAGGAUUAUUGUCCUGACGCCCAUUACAUUUCUUUAGAAAUAAACAGUGACGUUUUUAUCUCGAGGAAAAAAGAAAUCUUAAAAGAUAUGAAAAAAAGUCCAGAGGAAAUAAAACAUAUUGAAAAUUCUACAAUUGGCCAGGCUUCUAAUCCAAAAUGGAUACAAGAAAGAUCACAGCGGAUUACUGCCUCAAAUUUUGGCAAAAUAUGUAAAAUGCGGGCAAAAACCUCGCCAUGUGGUGCAAUAAAAACGAUGCUGUAUGGAAAUUUUAGCGGCAAUAAUGCUACAAGAUGUGGAAGUGAAAGCGAGGCCCGAGCAAUUUUAGAAUUUGAAAAUGAAUUUAAUUUAAAAGUGUCUCGAUGUGGAAUUUUUAUAGGUGAACAAGAAUAUUAUUUGGCAGCGAGCCCUGAUGGUUGCAUUAAUGAACAUGAUUUGGUAGAAGUUAAAUGCCCAUUUAGCAUUACCAACAUGACUCCAACCGAAGCAAUAUUAUCAAAAAAGAUCACAUUCGCUACAUUGGAAAAUAACCACCUACAUUUGAAAAAAAAACACAAUUAUUACUACCAAGUUCAGGGGCAGUUAGCUAUAGCUAACAAGCAAUCAUGCUAUUUUAUUAUUUGGAGCCCUCUUGGCAUGUUAGUUGAACAGUAUUCUGUAUUUUUUUAGAUUGGCCGUGACGAACAAUUUUGGGAGGAACAAAUGUUACCAAAAUUAAAAGCCUUCUACUUCAAUUUUUUAUUACCAGAAAUAGUUGACCCGCUUUAUCCAAAAGGGCUGCCUAUCAGAACUUAAAAUUCUUCCGUUGGCGAAAAACCUGUCAACUGAAUCGAUGCAGAAGCUUAUUAAUUUUUUUUUUAUUUAUUUCCUAAUAUGUAAAAACCUUAAUAAAUAUGUAUAUACGU